AUGGUGCCUAUCAACCUUUCACACAGGCGAACGCACAAUUUGCUCUUGAUUUCGAAACUCUUGAGCUUGCGGGACACUGCAUCGCCCCUCACACUUGUCUUGGAUUCUUUGGAGCAACCGGCUACGCCGCUCUUGAAAGAAUACAUCAGACGUGCAAAGCUGUCGAAAGUUCAUGUCACGCUCAUCGCCUUUGAAACCCUGAAGCAACCCGAGGGAGUCGAUGCUUUUGUAUCAACACGCCGCAAGAGCCCCGCCGAUAUAGUUAAAGAAGUGAGCGCGGUUUAUCAGCCUAUCGCAGCCUCCAAUCCCUCACGCAGGCGUCUUAUCCUCAUUGAUUCAAUUAACUCUCUUCUGGGCUCAAAAAGAGUUGAUCCUGGGUUUCAUUUGGCGUCCUUCCUUGGCUCCUUUAUUACUCCCACAUCGCCAUCGGCCAAGGUUGAUGCUUCGCUCGUUGUGACAUAUCACCAAGAUGUCCCCGAACUUCCACAGCAAAAUCCUUACUCGCCAUCACCUAUCUCUGUAUUGACAUACCUCGCUACGAAAGGCUGCUCGCGACCGAAGCCUGGCCCCCCAGUCUUCGGGCUUGAAGAAGAGCAAGAAGGCGUUCUCCUCGGCCGUUUGGACAGACUGGCCGGCACUGGGAAAGCUGAGGGAAUCGUCAUCGAGCUGGAGCAUAGACGGAAGAGUGGUCGCGGUGUACUGGAAUGGUACCUUCUCCCACCUGCCUCACAGUAUUCGCCCCAGCAUCUAAAAGAGGUUGUGACGUUGCUUGAUGAUAAUGUUUUGUACAACCCUCCCAUGGAGCAAGAUCCAGGUACCGGCGAGGAGGAGCCAACAUCGACCUUUGAGCUGGGUCUCACCGACAGACAGAGGCGCGAGAGAGAAGGUGUUGUACUGCCGUACUUUGACGCACAGCAUGGCGAUGGCCCAGGCGAAGGUGGCCGGAUUCUUUACGACAUGGGAGAAGAAGACGAUUUUGACGAAGAAGAGGAUGAAAUUUAG